AUGGUUCGAAUCAGAAACGCGAAAGAAGGCAUAAACCAUACCCUUUGGUUUGCAUAUCCCCUCUCGAAAAUGGUCGGUUGCUGGCCACUGAACAUCCCAUCUUCCACGUUCUCCAAAAUUUGUAAUUCCUUUAUAAUUUUUAUCUCGUACUUGCUCUCAAUGAUAGUCUUGGUCCCAGGCCUUCUGUAUCUAUUUCUGAAAGAGAAAAACGGGAGGAGGAAGAUUAAAAUGAUGAUGCCACUUAUGAGCACUAUCGCACAAAUGACUAAAUAUACGAUACUAUUGCGACGAAUGAAAGAAUUUAGCAAAUUAUUGGACGAGAUAAAGAAGGAUUGGUCGACAGCCACGCAAGAGAAUCGACAAAUUUUUAGCGCGAGGGCGUCCAUAGAGCACAAGCUGACAACGGUAAUAGCUAUCACUAUAUACGGAGGAGGUUUCUUUUACAGAAUGAUUCUUCCACUUUCGAAAGGUAGAAUCGUUUUACCGAACAAUGUAACUAUAAGAUUGUUACCCUGUCCGGGUUACUUUGGCUCCUUGAACGUUCAAAUUACCCCGAACUACGAGAUAAUCUUCACGCUGCAAAUUCUCGGCGGAUUUAUCAUUUACACAGCUCUGUGCGGCGUGAAGAGUUCUUGUUUGAUGCUGUGUAUGCACAUGUGCGGUUUGUUGAGGAUCUUGACGAACAAGGUGAUGGAACUUACGAGUGACAAGGACGAAAAAGUCGUACAAGAGAAGAUCGUGUACAUUGUUCAAUAUCAGACGAGGAUCAAAGAAUUUUACAAUUACGUUGAUCAAUUCGUACCCUACGUUUAUUUUAUCGAAAUGAUUGUCGGAGUAUCAAUUACGUGUGUACUUGGUUAUUGCAUAAUCGUGGAAUGGGAAGAUAGCGAUGCUAUGGCUAUAAUUGCUUAUAUCGUCCUGCAAGUAACUUGCGUCUUUGGCACGUUCUCGAUAUGCUACGCCGGUCAACUUCUAGUCGACGAAAGCGAGAAUGUUAGACAGGCGUGCAAAACAUUGAAGUGGUAUCGAUUACCUACAAAGAAAGCUCGCAGCUUAAUAUUAUUGAUUAUUAUGUCGAAUUAUCCGCUAAAAGUCACGGCAGGAAGAAUUAUAGACGUAUCGUUAGUCACGUUUACUAGCAUCAUUAAGAGUGCAAUAGGAUACAUGAAUAUACUACAACAAGUUACUUAAGAUUUUACGUUCAUUGGAAAACUCUUUUAAUCUACCGCAGUAAUCAAAGAUGAUCCUGAACUAUAUAUAAAGCACUUGUUCACUUU